ACCUCAUCAAAAUGGCGGUCAACAGCAACAGAGAGCUUUCAAUGUCCCAAGAAGGUGAUGAGGAUCCAAUCAAGGGAUCAUGGACUGCCCUCCAUGUUGAAAUCCGUCUCAUGAUAUGGCGACUAGCCUACGCAGCACAAACUCCCCGCUUGGUCGAGGUGCAAACACUUCAGCAUAAUCACUAUGACUACCCACAUGCCUGGUACCCGAGAUAUUCUCCCAGUCCACCUCCCACAAUCGUCAACGUGUGCAGGGAAGCCCGAGACGAGGCUCGAAGAGAGGCACAAAAGGCUAAUCAUCUCCUCUUUGCAACGACACCCGACGCCUUUGACAUCUACUUCAACCCAGCGAUUGAUACUUUAUACGUACCAAAUGAUAAAACUUACUGGAUUAGAGACUGGGGACCAGAAGGGGUUCUGACGCAGUUCAAGAAACACCACCAACCUGAGCUCCUUCGUUUCUUAGCUAUUGAGCUCGACCCAUUAAGCCGAGCUACAACGCACCACACGCUGAGGACCGAUUUGAAAGGCUUCACCUCUUUGGAAGACAUUGUAUUUGUUGUUAAGGAACCAUCGACCGAGAUAUUUGGAUGGGUUGAGGGGUUAAGUCGAGCGUUACGCAUUUAUGGACAGGGAAUCCGUGGACGAGGACAGCGAACGUAUCCAGAGGAGUGCAAACUAGCAAUAAAGCGUGGCGGUCUACUCGAGCUCAUACACCACAGACGAGACCAAUGAGAUGUCACAUUUAAGGACAGGACUUCGUCUCAAAUACAUCGUUUGAGAAGCCGAGAGAUGGCGAGGACGCAGAGGGAGUAUUGGUUGGAUCUUAACGGAAGAUGGACGAAAGAUGAGUAUGGGAAUGAUAAAUAUAUUGAGAGUUGUAUGUUCUAGAGGCUGAGUCUUUUGCGAGGUGAGGUAAGCUGGGCGCAUACUACGGAAUAUCAGGAGCGUAAUUAGGUUUUCCGUUUUUCGGGAGAAGGGAGGACACGGGAGCGUGAUACUUGAAUGAUUUCUAUUGCUUAUUUAUUCAUUCGUCGUCGAAGUUCGCAUUAUUACCUGAUUCUCCUUUUUAUGCUCCUCGAGCUUUAUAAUACGCAUGCG